AUGACUAAAUUGAGCUGUGUUCAUCUUGACCAGCUAAUGGAAAAGUUUGCUCAGCUGGAACAGAAAAUUAUAGAGGUUAAUGGCAAAAACAACAUGUCGGAGAUCAUGCUGGAGGAUGCCGACAGACUCGUGAAAUUCCACCUGACCAAGGAGAAAAGUCUGAUUGAGGAGAGAGACAGCCUUAUCGUCACAGUGAACGGACUGCAGCAGACUCUUCAGGAGCAGUGCAGCCUCAGAGAGGAGAAUGAGAGGCUGAAGAACGAUAUGGCGGACAUGAAACGACAGAACGAGAGAAACGCAGAGGACAGAGAGGCUGAGGUUCAGCGGCUGAUCAGUGAAAUGAAAACAGAGGAAGAGGGACACAAGAGGGAGCUAGAGGCUGUAAGACAGCAGUGCAGAAGAGAGGUGGAGCAGGCUCACAGGGAGGGUUUCAAUCAGUUGGAAGCCAGAGAUGCUGAAAUAAAGAUGCUACUGGAGAAAAAGGAUCUGAAUCUGGAGGAGAUGAAGAAGAGGCUGAAGGAUCAGGAGAGGGAGAGGCAGAGUGAGCUCCUGAAACUACAGAUGGAGUUUGGUGCAAAGUUAGCCAGAGUUCAGAGUGCAGCUCAGUGGAGCCAGCAGCAGCAGCAGCAACAACAUGGCUCCAACCUUCUUCCUCAGAGUGUCUUCAAAAGGAAGCUGCAGUUCUUCCAGGAGGAGAAGAACAAGGAGAUUGUGGCUCUGCGUCAGAGAAUCAAAGAGCUGGAAGAGAACCAGCGAGCUGGCGGCCUCAACGACAGCCGCCUGAAGAGGAGAAAGAUUUAAUUUGUUUAGAGGCUAACAGUGCUAACAAGCAGCUGACCUGUCUGCUCUGCAGGUUCAUGAAGCCUCUGACUCCCAGGGGGCAGGAGGAACUGAAGUGUUUUCAAAUGUCUAUUUCAGUUUCAUUCAAAGCAAAUCGCCUCAGAUUUGUUGACUUAUUUAACUUUACUGCUUCUCAUGCACUGUCAUACCUGACAAGAUUUACUGUUUCACCGCCCUGUUUGCAGGUGACCAGUGUGCAGAGAGUACAUUUAAAUACAGGUCGUAUUCCUGUCUAAGGCUUUAAUCCAAUCAGACGCCUGCAGGGAGGGGAGAGAGGAAGCUAUCUGAUUGCUUCUUCUGUGUAGAUGCACAAGAAACAAGCAGAUAGCUGGAAGUCCAACCCCAUUCAAGGAAUUAAACCUAUUUAUCUCCUUUCAUUCAAAGAAAAACAAAAUCAUUUAACUCUGACUCAUUUCCUUGUUUGUUUUUUCAGGUUCCUUGAAGUCAAAGUUGUUUUCUACUAAUUUUGACGUUUUGGAAAAACAGACUUCUUGAAGUCUGCUUUUUGGAAUUUGUUUUCAGUGAUUUCUUUGUUGUUUCUGUUUAGGAAAGCAGAGGUCUGCAAUGAUUUGCUUUUCUCUUGUCCACUUGAGUAAUAAUAAGAAUUCAUUUGUAUACACUGCUUUCAUUGAGAACAUGCAUAGUAAUAUAGUCAUCUUUACUGUCUUUCUUUAUUGAUGUGUGCUCAAUACUGUGAUCUGUUUCACUGAUUGAUGAUACAGCAUUUAGAAUAGGUUUUUUUUUUUUUUAAACACAUAUUCUAGAUUUUGGAGGCUAUUGGUAUUUGGGAGUUGGGAAUUUUUUU